AUGAAAAGCGACCAGAUUGACCUUCACAGUGGAGGACUCUCACUGUCCAUCCUUGAGGCGAUUCAAGCGAAGGGUGAGGUAGAGGCGCUACGCCUUUUAAAGCGUGCAGAGCCUGACGACAUCAACAUCAAGGAUUCGGAAGGUCUUUCAUUCCUGGAUCAUGCAGCGAUUGCUGGCAUGCGGCUGCUGUGUACAGCUCUACUUUGGGAUGCAGACUUUGAGCAUCAUGAGUCCACCAGUGCGUCAAACUUUACCUCGUUGCACUGGGCCGCUAGCUGUGGACAGGCUGGUGUAUGUCACGCUUUGCUUGAGCACCCCCGCUUUCUGGACAUUGCCACCUUGGAUGCUUGUGGGCGAACAGCCCUGCAUGUAGCGGCACAACACGGACAUGCAGAGUGUUGCAGAGUCCUCCUGGAGCACCCUCGCUUUGUGGCAUCCCGACCCCCUCGGAAGGACGCAUUUGGCGAUACUGCGCUGCACCGUGCUGCUGCUUUUGGCCACGUUGAUGUGUGUGAGGUGCUGCUGAAGCACCCAGCCUUCGGGAAGCUUAGCAGUCGAGAUGUGCAAGGACGGAGCCCCUUGGAACGUGCCAUUCGCGAGGGGCGUCUUCAAACCAGCCGAUUCCUGAAGCAGAAACUUCGCAUUGCCCAUCGACUGGACAUUGACGACCAUGGCAUCGUAUUGCAGCAGGCUCCUGACAACUCGCUCGAACAUGACGCUGGCCUUCCGUCAAGAGAUCUGGAGAAGGUGGAACUGCCUCUUGUUGACAAUGCACGCGCAAGCAGCACAGUGGCUGCUAUCAAGGGUGGCGAGCGGCCUGACAUUUUGGACUACGAUGGACUUCCGGAGGUUCAAGCACCUGGGUAUGUCGAGGUGGCCGAGCGGCCUUCUACUUACACCGACAAUCUUGCUCUUCCAUCCAAAGUCCAAACAUUUGGAUUUGGAGAGGCAGAGCUGCCAGCCGGAGUUGAUGACACACACAGAAGAAGCAUAGCCGCUACUGCUACUAAGGGCAGCGAGAGGCCUACAACUUCGGGCGACAAGGAGGAUGGCUUUCCUAUGCUAUCAGAAGUUGAAGGCAGCGAGCGGCCAGCAAUUUUGGAGUCUCCAGUUUCAGGCUAUAUGGAGGAUGGUCUGGCUUUGCCAUCAGAAGUUCAAGCAGCUGAGCUUGGAGAGGUGAAGUUGCCGUGUCCAAUGAAUGAUGCCCACAGAAGCAGAACAGACGUUGCUAUCCAGGCGGAGCUGCCAUCUCCGGCUGAUGCUCGCAGAAGCAGCGCAGCGGCUAUCCAGGUGGCUGGUGAUCAUGUAGCAGAGCAUGCUGGAAUUUGGGGCUACAAGGACGAUGGCCUUGCCCGACUACCCAAAGUUGAAUCACCUGGACAUGGAGAGGUGGGCAUUCGACCCCAAGUUGAUGAAGCACGCAGAAACAGCGUAGCAGCUCCCAAGGUUGGGCAAUCAUCGCAGAUGGUCAGGUUGAGCAGCGCACAUGUCAAGGCUGAGUGGCCUUCGGAGUACAAAGACCAUGGCUGUGUUCCAUCGGAAGUUCUCAGUCGCCAGAGGUUGACGAAUCGUGGGGAGGAAGCUGACGCAGACUGGAUGGCUAGAAGGACCACAGCAGAGAAGCAGCAGGUGAAGCUGCUUCCAAGCUCUCAGCAUUUCCUCUCUGAGGGCCGAACACCCCUGCACCGCGCGGCGAAGCAGGGGCGAUUAGAAGUGAUAUUGGCGCUGUUGGAGGGCCACGGGCUGGUCAAUGUCAACGCGAAGGACAUUCACGGCUGCACAUGCCUGCACUACGCAGCUAAAGAAGGACACCUUCAGGUGUGCGCGGCACUGCUGAAACAUCCACCAUUGGAUGUGGUAGCUGUAGACAUGUUGGGCUGCAAUGCCCUCCAUUGUGCAGCAGCAGGAGGCCAUGGUGAGACUUGCAAGCUGAUCUUGAAGCACAGCGCAGAAAUUGCGAUGCACGGUACGUUCCAAGUGAUUGUUCAGUACGUCACAGAUGAAGUCUUGUGGCCAUCAUAG